UAAAGCUGAUCUCUCUGUCAGAACACACUGAUCUGAGGGAGUGAGAGCCUGGGUUUUCAGUGUCAUGAGGUGAAUCUUAUCAGGACGAUGGAAGCCCAACUCAAGAAAAUCCGACAAAUGCUGGAGAAAGAAUGCCAGCUCAACCAGGAACUCCAGAACCAGAACCAGGAGCUGAAGAGACAGCUUGAACAGAAAGAGGGAUUUAUACAAGUGCUGCAGGGACGAUUGGAUGAGCUCGAUUGCGCCCCUCAACGAAACAGUAAUGAAAUGCCUGAGGUUCGAGAGAGUCGGGCAGCUGUCAUGGCCCCGGAGCGAGUACCAGAAGUCCUGGAAAUCACAGCCAGUAGAGUGAAAAAAACUGACAGUGAGGCAGCUCAGAUCGUAAAGGCCAUUGGUAAGAACGACUUUCUCCGUCGUCUGGAUGAGGAGCAGAUCAGUAUGAUGGUAGAACUGAUGAAGGUUCUGGACUGUGGUCCUGGUGAUGUCAUCAUCAGAGAGGGCACAGAAGGAGACAGCAUGUACAUUGUCGCUGCGGGGGAGCUGAAGGUCACUCAGGCGGGACGUGAUCUGCGAACUUUGAGCUCUGGCGAUAUGUUUGGGGAACUGGCCAUUCUAUACAACUGUAAACGCACAGCAUCUGUCAAAGCCGUCACUGCAGUUAAGUUAUGGUGUAUUGAGAGAGCAACAUAUCGAAGCCUCAUGACCAAUAAAUCCAAGAUGAGACGAGAGCAACUCAUGGGCUUCUUGAAAACGGCGCGCACUUUGAAGGCCCUGAAUGAUGUGCAGCUGUCAAAGAUCAUUGAUUCCAUGGAGGAAGUGAAGUUUCAGAACAACGAAGUCAUUGUCCGAGAAGGAGCAGAGGGCAAUACUUUUUACAUCAUUCUAAAAGGAGAGGUAUUAGUGACGAAAAAAGUGAACGGACAGCAGAAAAUAAUUCGUAAGAUGGGCGAGGGGGAACAUUUUGGAGAACUGGCUCUUAUACGAGAGAUCCUUAGGACAGCCACAUGUACAGCGGUUGGAGGUGUCACUUGCUUUUCCAUUGAUAAAGAAAUUUUUGAGGAGACCAUUCCAUUUGAGAGCCUUGAGCUCCAUGACGAUGCUGAUUCACUGGAGGAUGAUGAAAAGCCAGAGAAAGUUGGGCCAGAAACAUCUCUAAAGCUGAAAGAGCUCAUCCCUGUACUGUACCAGGAGGGAGGUUAUCAAGGAGAUCCUGUCACUCUUGGUGUUGGGGGGUUUGGAAAAGUGGAACUGGUAACUACCUUGCAGCACAGAAAGUACUUUGCUAUGAAGAAGAUCAGUAAACAGCAUAUUGUUGCAAAGAAGCAGGAAGCACACAUUCUUUUUGAAAAGAAAAUUCUUCAGGCAAUCCGAUGUGACUUCAUUGUCAGGCUGCAUACUGCCUUCAAAGAUUCUCGCUACAUCUAUAUGAUAAUGGAGUUUUGCCCUGGUGGGGAAAUCUGGACCAAGCUAAAAGAAGUAGGACGCUUUCAGGAAAAUAUAGCUGUGUUUAUAACAGCCUGUGUGGUUGAAGCCUUUGCAUACCUCCAUAACAAAGGCAUCCUGUAUCGAGACCUGAAGCCAGAAAACCUCAUGCUGGACUCCAAAGGAUAUGUGAAAUUGGUUGAUUUUGGUUUUGCAAAAGAGCUUUCUCGGGGUGAAAAGACAUACUCGUUUUGUGGUACUCCUGAGUAUAUGUCUCCAGAGAUCAUUCAGAACCAAGGCCAUGACUUUGCUGCUGACUUCUGGUCACUUGGUGUUCUAAUCUAUGAGCUACUUGUGGGCAGCCCACCCUUCUCCAGUUCAGAACCUCAGAAGAUCUAUGCCAAGAUCUUGGAUGCUGUGCUUAAUUUCCCUUCAUAUGUGGGGGAAGGUGCCAAAUCUCUCAUCACUAAAUUGUGCAGGCCACGUCCUGGACAGCGUUUGGGCAAUACGAAAAAUGGAAUCAAAGAUGUCAGAAAUCACAGGUGGUUUAAUAGCAUUAACUGGCAUAAAUUAAGAAUGGGACAACUGGAAGCACCGACUGUACGACUUAUAAGAAAGGGUCCCUGCUAUAUAAACUUUGACCGCUUCCCCUAUGAUAAGAUUCAAGCAGAGGAGGAGUUUUCAGACUGGGAUUGUGAUUUCUGAACAUCAGCCAAGUCUUGAGGUCUCUGACUGCGCUCUCACGUACAGUAAAACAUCCAUAAGAUCUCAAGUUACUCUAAAGUAUACUCAAGGUUUAAUAUUCUUAUCAGCAUAUGUUAAAGGAAGAUUAGAACAGUCAUUUUAUGACUCUUGCCAUACAGUAUGAUUGAAAAAGUCUUUCACAGACUUAAGUACAUAUUAAAAUUAUUUCCACUACAAGAAAUUCUGGAUCAAUUUUGAGCCAGCAAAAUUUCAAAUCUCCUGCUUUUUUCUUCUUC